CAAGUGGCUCAUCUGGAACGAAGCACCCGACACUACCUGACCGUCAAAGACAACCAAGUCGUGCACUUACAUCCGUCUACUUGUCUGGAUCAUAACCCUGAGUGGGUGGUGUACAAUGAAUGUGUUGUGACUAGCAGGAGUUUCAUCCGGACGACCACAGAGAUUCGCGGCGAGUGGCUUGUAGACAUUGCUCCUCACUACUACGAUAUGGAGAACUUCCCCGAGUGCGAAGCCAAGCUGGUUCUGAAGACGUUGUACAAGAAGCGGGAGAGGGAGAUGGAGAAGAGCAAGAACAGAAGAUGAGAUGCUACCCUCCACAUCCAGUCUUCCAUGAUUCAGAAACAUGAAGUAGUAGUUCUGUACAAACCUUAAAAGGUGUUGAGAAAUGUAGUUACUAUGCUUUGAUUGAGUACUGCAUAAAUAUGAAAUGUAUCUAUAUUUUGCAAAUUAAUACUUUACUGACCAUAGCGAGCCAUCAUAUCCAAUGUAAAAGAAAG